AUAAGAAUAAGAUUGGGAGUCACGCACAGCAGUGUUCAAAGAUUAAGCUACCAGAACCAACCCUCGGGGAUAUAUCUAAGGCUAAUGAGAUAUUGAAAUGGUCGGGUCACCUCAAAAUGAAAUUACAUGGACAGAAUUACUCCAUUAUUGGUUACUUGACUGCUAAAAUGGACAGCGAGGAAAGAUUUAUUCAUUCCGGCUCCUGGUCCAGUAACAUUAAUCUCAUUCCACUGACUGGCUCUGCUUCUAGAAUAUUCUGGAAGACUCUACAAGGCCCAGAGGUCAAACCGCUUGACCUUUUCUUCAACGUGUUAGUCGUUGACUCUCGCUCUGCUGCUUUCCAGAAACUAACAAAGAAAAAGAUUAAUGCAGUGACUGGCCUAAAGCCUAAGAUUACAUCUGGUAGGAGAGAGCUCACUAUUUUGUACAUUUACUGGAGCGACACUGAGAAAAGAAUGAAGGCUUGUGUGGCUGAGCUUCAGAACUAUUUAGUCAAAGAAAUGCAGAAUAAACUUCAGCAGCUGAAGAGAACCUCACAACUGAAUGAAAUCACACUGGAGACCUCAAGGUCAGGGUCCCACAGGGGUGGUUCCUCCAGUCGCUCAACUGCUCCUGGCCCUACUAACCACUCCUCUCAACCUGGCACUGAUCGCAGAGGAGGCGGAGCAUC